AUGCCAAACGCAAACUUCGCCUUGAUCAACCUCUCGUGCUUUGCAGAUCACGCAGCUCCCACAUCGUCAACACAACGGAACACCGACAUUAUCUCGGCGCGUGCAGGUCACUCACUUCCCAUGGCGACUACACUCACAGAUCUUCCACCGGAGGUGACCGAAGCGGUGGCCCAAUGUCUGGAGCCUCGCGAACUACUCCCUCUCCGCCUGGUUUGCCGCGAUGUUGAGACGAAGAUCCUUCGAACAUUCACCCGAGUCCACUUCACUGAAAAGGGAUUCCUUCUGUGCAGCCCCGCGAGCCUACAAGCGGCCAUCGACAUUGCCGGCCACGAGACAUUCGGCCCGGCUUUACAAAGCAUAUAUCUUUUCGCAGACGCAUUCAAAGAGCCGGAUGAGCGUAUGGGGACGGAGGGGAAGGAUCACAUGCCGGGCGGCUUCGAGAACAUCGUCGACUGGGCUCGCUCCGACGAACAGCUGCUGCACUGGGAGGCCCAGUGCUCUUUGUUGUCGUGGGGUUCAAAGACUUACGGAAGUGCCGACGUGGAUGAGCUGCUGGCCGCCUUCUUCAAGAGGCUCGACAAGCACAACAAAGUAACAGAGCUUGUCCUUGCACAGCUUCAUUGCAUCGACAUUCGCCCUCUCAUACCUGGCCUAAGCAUCUGGAAUUUGCUAGGACCCAGAUUCCUAGCGCCCACUUGGGUCAUGGGAGGCAUUGCUUGUGCACUCGAUGCAGACAUAUCCGGCGCGAGACUGCUUCCAUCUCUAACGACCUUCAAGAUGCAAACAUCGACUCUCGACAUGCCGCUUCAGCCCGUGAGAGUCGAAGUACCACUGCCAGCAUGGGAGCAGAACUGGUGUUGCCUGUUCGAGGAUGUCAAGCUGCGAAUAUGGCCAGAUGCAGAGCUCUUGGAGCAUCUCUUCGAACUUCCAGACUUGGCGACAAGCUUGAUCUCCAGCAUAGCAGCGAGCGCCCAGAUCAAAUCACUCCACAUUGAAAUACCAGCCAGAGUGGAUGCCGACGCCGAACUCGAUGACAACCCUUCCCACGCAUGGCUGACAACCAAAUGUGUCUUCCACGAGACGUUUCCAUCUCUCAAGUCCCUGACGCUGAGCCAAGGCAUCUUCUUCAAGGACGACUUGAUCGAGUUCUUGACACAGCAGCCGGUACUGGAGGUGGUACGUUUCGAGAAGCUCACACUGUGGUGCCAGACCGAGGAUGAGGUCGACGAAGUGUUGACGGAGGGAUUACAGCAGUGUUUGCGUAGAGAAUGUGGCAAAAUGCAGCUUGAGUUCGGGGGCGAUAGCGACGUUGAGAUCAUAGAUUAG